UUGACGACAAUAGCUGCACUUCUCUCAACUCCUAUAAGAAACCUCCUCUGUUCUCCUAUUUAUCCUUGCUUUCUCAUUCUCUCAACUCUCAACUCUCAACUGCCAUUGUCUCCCUUCCCUUUCCUCACAACCAUGUCUCCCAGCAAUCCUGAUUCCACUGCUUCCUUUGGACAUGGGGAUACAAGUGUUUCAUGCUUGAAGCCAGAGAACUGUUUCGUUGAUUCACUUUCUCUUGUCCAUUCUGAGAAGGCAGUGGAAGAACUUCUUCAACAAACUCCUGUUGAAGGAAUGGAUGAGCAUCUUAUAGAAUUUUCAGAAGCUUUGAGAACUGUUGCAAAGGCAUUAAGACGAGCUGCUGAAGGAAAGGCUUCUGCUCAAGCUGAAGCUGCUGAAUGGAAACGUAGAUAUGAGCUGGAGAAAACCAGGAAUAUAGAGAUGGAGCGUAAAGCUCAAAUUGCCGAGCAAAAUGGUAAUAUUGAUUGCGGGAGAGUAAAGAACUCAGACAAACAAUUGAUGCAGCAGAAUGAACUGGACAAGAUUUUUGAUGAAUGCUGUAUGAAGCAUGGGAUUUGCUCCCAUGAGGUUCUUCGUGACAGAGGAUCAGACUCAAGUUCCAAUGUAGAUCGAAGUAAGAUGAUGAGAAAGGCAUCAUUUAAACUUUCAUGGUGGUGCAAGGGUGAGAAUGGUGAUCAGCACAAACAUGACAUUGUCUCUUUUGAAAAAGGGAAUAUUACGACAGCAGAACGCAGCAGUAAACAGAUUUCUCUGAAGUGGGAAUCUGACCCGCAGACUGUGCUUAUUUUGACAAAACCAAAUUCAGUUUCUGUUCGAAUUCUUUGUGCACAAAUGGUCAGAUGGUUGAAAGAAAAGAAAAAGUUAAACAUUUAUGUUGAACCACGUGUGAGAGCUGAACUUCUGACAGAAUCGUCUGACUUCAACUAUGUACAAACAUGGAAAGAUGACCAGGAAAUUUUGCUCCUGCACACAAAAGUUGAUCUUGUCAUAACCCUUGGUGGUGAUGGAACUGUUUUAUGGGCAGCAUCAAUGUUCAAAGGACCUGUUCCUCCAAUUGUUCCAUUUUCUUUAGGGUCUUUGGGCUUUAUGACUCCGUUUCAUAGUGAACAUUUUAAGGAAUGCCUUGAUUCUGUCCUGAGGGGACCUGUCAGUAUAACCUUACGACACCGCUUGCUUUGUCGUGUUAUUAGAGAUGCGGCUAAAAAUGAGUACGAAACAGAAGAACCUCUUCUUGUUCUGAAUGAGGUUACAAUAGACCGUGGAAUAUCAUCAUACCUCACAAAUCUGGAAUGCUAUUGUGACAAUUCCUUUGUCACAUGCGUGCAAGGAGAUGGUUUAAUUUUGUCAACGACAUCUGGUAGCACUGCAUAUUCUCUGGCAGCUGGAGGAUCAAUGGUCCACCCACAGGUCCCCGGUAUCUUGUUCACACCCAUAUGUCCGCAUUCAUUAUCGUUUCGACCCCUAAUAUUGCCUGAGCAUGUCACAUUGCGAAUAGUGGUGCCAUUUAAUAGCAGAAGUCCAGCUUGGGCAUCAUUUGAUGGUAAGGACAGAAAACAGUUAGCUGCUGGGGAUGCUCUUUUGUGCAGUAUGGCACCAUGUCCUGUUCCUACAGCAUGUCAAGUUGAUUCUACAAGUGAUUUCUUAUCCAGCAUCCAAGACGGCCUCCAUUGGAACCUGAGAAAAACACAGUCGUUCGAUGGCCCUCGGGAAUUACAGGACAUAAUCCAAAUUUAAGUUCCGCAUUUCUAGUUGGAGUCUAACUUAUAUUAUAUUAGAUUAUAUAUAUAUUGCUGUCAUAUAUGUUUCAGAGUUAUCGUAGGAAAGGGAAAAGCAAAUUUCAAAAAAAGAAAUGGCUGUAAAGUUUUUAUGAUCUUAUAUUGUUUAGAGGAACAUUGUAUUAGUCCUCCUACACAGCUGACCAUAACGAAAAUUGUAGUUAAAGGAGUACGUGUUCAUGGCUGUUAUGAAAUAAAUAGAGGUAUUUUACAUGCAAAA